AUGGGACUCAAGCGUGUCCUCGUGGGCGUGGCCAUCGCUCUGAGCCUGGUGACCACCGCCUGGGCAGCCGUGGUGGCCAACCCGGGUUGGGACAUUUCGAUGCCCAUGAAUGGGUUUUCUUUCAAGCAAGUAUCCAAGGAUCCUAUCCUGGUGCCCGAUAAACCGACCUCCAAGGUGUCUCGACUUCGCCGCGUCAAAGGUACUGACGAGGAACGCUCAGCCGCCUCCCUCAUCCGGCGCGCUUCUCUCGAAGCACGGUCGAGAGUGGGCGAGCCCGACUCAAACAUCACUGCAGUUGGGGGAUUCUCUACUCAAUAUGCCAUCGAAUGCAAGUGGGACGACACGCCCGUCUGGUUGAUCUUCGACACCGGGAGCUCGGAUACCUGGAAUGCCCAGAGCGGUUUCGUGUGCCAGGAUCGAUCUGGCAAGACCCACGACCAGUCUUCCUGCGGGCUUAGAAAGCCGCACAUCGAGAGGUUCCGCCACGGCGCCAUCGAGGAGCUCCAUUUCUAUCUUCACUACGGAUCAGGGGAGAAAGUAUACGGACCCAUGGGCUACAGCGACAUCUCCUGUGGCGGGGUGACGGUCACUAGGCAGCAGGUCGGGCUUGCAAAUCACACGUACUGGCACGGCAACAAUGUGACCUCUGGCAUCCUGGGCCUGGCGUACUCUGCGUUGACGAGUGCAUACUACGGCAAAAUUGGCGACGAGGGGGCUUGGAAUAUCAUGACCUACCCGCCCUUCUUGACCACAGCAGCAGCUGAGGGGGAACUCGAACCGUUGUUUAGCGUGGCUAUUAUGCGAAACUCGUCUGACGGGGUGUUGGCAUGGGGAGGACUUCCUCCAAUCCACUAUGACGAGAACGUAACUGCGUCCGCGGAUAUCAUCAUUGCCAAGCUGAGCGAAAGAGAGGGUGCGGCAUGGAGUCGCUCAUUCUACACCAUAAUCCCUGACGGACUUAAAUGGGGCACAACGACGGACGAGGCCAAGUAUCCGUACAUCAUCGACACGGGAACAACAAUGAUGCACCUCCCACCUCCCCUGGCGGAGACGAUCGCUGCGGCAUUUGAGCCGAAGGCAGACUCGUACUAUGUCGACUGCAACGCUGUGCCGCCCUCGCUCGCGGUGGUGAUCGACGGCGUCGAGUUCUGGAUCAACCCGGCAGACCUGAUCUACAAGCAUCUCGUGGACCCGUUGACGGGGUACUGCGCGAUUGGAAUCACGGGCGGGGGAUCUGGGCCGUAUAUCCUGGGGGAUGUCUUUCUCCAGAACGUGCUUGCCGUCUUCGACAUCCGGGGCGGCGAGAUGAGGUUCUAUUCGAGGAACUGA